AAAAUCGACAGAAGAAGAAGAAGGUCACGUGGUGCUGAAGCGGAGGAAUGGCGGCGCAGGAAGGUCUGGCCAUCCAGGAGAAGGUCAGCCGGCUGCUGAACCGAGAGAAACGAAAACCAAUUCUCAAACCCACAAGACCGCUGGUCCUGAAGGAUCGCGUGGGCAACCACCGACGCACCAAAGCAGAGGUUGUCUGUGUCACGGAGAUGACCGCCAUGAUGGCCUGUUGGAAGCAGAAUGGUUUCGUGGAGGCGAUGUGCACCAGUGAGAUGAAGGCUUUCCACACCUGUGUUCAACAAGCCAGGGCUGCCAAGAAGGCAGAGAUGCAGCAGAGCAGCACACACGGAGGACAUCUGUCCCAAAAAGAAGCCACAACUCUGCUGAAGAGGUUCCCCAACCUGACCACUGAGAUCUGACAUCCACGCCGAGAGUCCACAUCCUCAAACGGGUCACGUUUGAGAAGAGGCUGGAGGGGGAAGUUCAGCACAGGGAUUUUUGCUUUUAUGCUUUUUUUUUUUUUUUUUUUUUUUCCU